GUGUACGUCGUGAAAUUUGUUUAUAGUGCUUACCAACUUACUUUCGACAAUUUUAAAUCAAUUAAUCUAAAUAUUAAAUUUAAAAUCAAUAAAAAUGGUAAAAUAUCUGUUACUUUCGUUGUUUGAAUAAAUAAGUUAAUUUUAUUGGAAGAAUAAGACAAGUAUACAGAAACAAGCCGGAGAAAUGACCAAAAUAACGAUCGACAUUGACAAGUUAUUAGAAGAGGUGGGCGAAUUUGGAAAAUAUCAAAAACUUUAUAUAUUUUUUCUCGGACUGACGUUACUAUUCACGGCGUCGUCCACCAUGUCGUUUGUGUUCACUACGGGAGACAUGAACUACAGAUGUCUGAUAGAAGGAUGCGAUUCGACUUCUGAGACAACGGUCGAAUACUGGCCAGUAUGGCUGAACCGGACUGUCCCAUUUGAUAACGACGAUCAUCGGCUGGCUAAGUGUUCACAGUACGUACGAAAUAAACCGAACGAUACCAAAAAAACUGACGAACGCAUCUUCCGAUGUGAUGACAGUGAUUUCAACAAAUCUUUGAGCGUGCAGUGCGACGAAUUCGUCUUCGAAUCCGGUGGGGAGACAACGAUAGUUUCUGCGUUCAACAUAUUUUGCAAAAACAACAAAUGGAAACUGACAAUCGUUGGGACCCUCAACAACAUUGGUCAGUUUUUCUCGUUACCCAUAUCCGGUUUUUUGUCAGACAAGUACGGCAGAAAAAAUAUUAUUAUCAUCGGAAGCGUAUUAGCAGCAACAUGUGGUAUUUUACGUGGUCUGUCAAUAAACUACACCAUGUUCUUGAUAUUGGAAUUUUUCGAUGCUUUUUUUUCCGGUGGAGUUUAUAGCGCCACUUUUAUAAUGGGUAUCGGACUAGUUGGUGCCAGACACAGAGUUUUUGCAAGUACCGUUUUGAGCGCUUACUAUCCAAUUGGCGAGGCAUUAGUUGGAAUAUUAUUUUGGUACGUUCAAGACUGGAGGAAAUUCUUGAUAUUCGUUAAUUUACCGGGAUUGUGUUUCGCAUUGGCCUACACAAUUAUUCCAGAAUCCGUUCGAUGGAUGAUCGCUGCUGGAAAAAUCAGUGAGGCAAUAGAAGAAUUGAAAUACAUUGCAAAACUCAACGGAGAAAAACUAUCGGAAGAAAGUCUGAGAAAACUCGAAACGUUUAAAAGCACCAAUGAAAAAGAGAUCGAAAUAGAGGAAAUGACGAAGAGAAGGACGACCAGCUGCUCAAGCCAGCAAGCGUUUAAACGUGCUAUAACUUCUAAGCGCAUAAUAUUACGAGUAAUCAACUGUUCGUUCUGUUGGAUGAUCAACACGCUCAUAUACUACGGUCUGUCGAUGAGCUCGGGUUCAAUAGUGGGAAACCGGUACUGGAACUUCAUUCUGUGCAGUCUUGUUGAAAUCCCAGCGUUGUUUUUGGUGAUCAAAAUCAUGAACAACUGCGGCCGGAGAGAGUCGCAAUGCGCCACGCUUUUGGUGUGCAGUAGUCUGUGCAUCUCGAUCGCGUUUCUCCCAAAACACGCGGUUAUCUUAAAUAUACUCCUUUACCUGAUUGGAAAGUUUUCCAUAACCAUUUCCUUCGUAAUACUGUAUAUGUACACCGCCGAGAUGUUCCCAACGGAAAUUCGACAUUCUCUGCUUGGUAUAUGCUCCAUGUUUGGCAGAAUCGGUUCGAUGAUUGCACCACAAACUCCAUUAUUAGUUACUUAUUUCGGUGAAUUGUCGCCAUUACUACUCUUCAGCGGAUCUGCUCUAUUAUCUGGAUUACUCGCACUACUGUUUCCAGAAACUCUCAAUAAAAAAAUGCCAGACACAGUUUUGGAAGCUGAACAAAUUGGCAACUCCUCCAGUUGAUUUACACCUAUCUACGAUGUUAGACUGUAUAUUUUUUCAAACACAUAAUGUUAUGUCUUAAAAAAUCUUAAGAAAAAUUAAAGUCAAUUUAAUUUAUUUACAUAGGUAAUAAUUUAUAAGUUAUUUUGAAGUUAGAUGUAAUAUGUUUAAAACAAAACGUCGUCAGACUUAUAUUGAC